AUGAAUAACAUAUUGGAAGUGGAACUAUUCGACGACUGGGGUAUAGAUUUCAUGGGACCAUCUCCAUCGUCAAAUGGGUAUAAAUACAUUCUGUUGGCCGUCGACUAUGUUUCCAAAUGGAUUGAAGCAGUUUCAUGCAUUGCAAACGAUGUGGCGACAGUCUCCAAGUUCUUACAGAGAAACAACUUCACUCAUUUUGGCACUCCACAUGCCAUAAUAAGUGACGAAGGGACCCACUUUGUGAAUCGUAUCAUUAACAAACUACUGAUCAAAUACAAUGUCCACCAUAAGAUCACCACCGCAUAUCACCCCCAAACAAUCAGACAAGUUGAGGUUUCUAACAGAGAAAUCAAGACUGCUUAUAAGACACCCAUAGGCAUGUCACCAUAUGCGUUGGUGUUUGGAAAGGCUUGUCAUUUGCCACUGGAACUAGAGUAUAAGGCAAUGUGGGCAGUUAAGAAGCUUAACUUUGAUCAUAAGGUCAUAGGGGAAGAGAGAAAACUUCAGUUACUCCAGCCGGAUGAAUGGAGACUACAGGCAUAUGAAAAUGCCAAAAUUUACAAAGAACGCACGAAUCGAUGGCAUGUCAAGCGUCUGUGUGAGAAAAGUCUCCAGGCGGGUCAGAAGGUAUUGAUAUUCAAUUCUAGGUUGCGACUUUUUUCGGGAAAACUGAAAUCGCGUUGGUCCGAACCAUUCAUAAUUAAAGAAGUAUUUCCGUAUGGAGUGGUAGAAUUGACAAACGAAGAUGGGACCAACGCAUUUAAGGUAAAUGGACAAAGAGUGAAGAUGUAUCGUGGAGGAGAUUUCCAACGUGAGAAAACCUCUAUAGACUUGGGGAAGCAAGAAUGA